AUGGCUGUCGACACUUAUACCGGCCUUUUACUCAUGUAUCCUAAUGCAACCGCGGCCGCAGCCACCACGUUAGCUACGCUACAGCAAUUAUGCUCCCGCUACGGGACUCCACGCACUCUGCAGAGUGACCACGGAACCCACUUCACAGCCCAGGCGGUGCGGACCUGGGCCGCAGACGUGGCAGUAGACUGGCAUUGCCACCUGCCGUAUACGCCCACGGCGAGCGGCCUCAUUGAAUGCCUAAAUGGGCUAUUGAAGGAUCAGAUCCGCUGCCUUACCCCCACCCAUACGCUACGCGAUGUUACUGCUUAUCCUACAAAGAGUGAAGUGACCCCCUCUAGUGACAUUUUACAGUCCACUCAAGAAGCUGAGCUGGCUACAGAGACAGAUACACAGGAAGACGUUUUUAACCGAAUUUUGAAAGCUAAUGCAGAUAGCACCCAGAGCUUGCGUGAAGGUGACAUUGUUAUGACAAAGAGCCGAAGUGCUAUUGGCUGUUCAGAUCGCUCAUGUUUUUGGCCCCAAUCCAGCGAUGGUGUUGUCCGUGUUCCCUAUGUCUUCUCCCCUGACUAUGAUGAGGCACAAAUACGGUGGAUUAGUGAAGCCAUGGCAGAGUUUGAAAUUCUAACUUGUAUCGAUUUUGUGAAUCGCACAACAGAAUCUGACUAUCUAAAUAUUAAGUCAGGGAAAGGCUGCUGGUCCCACUAUGGAAAGACUGGAGGUGGUCAGAUUGUUUCUGUGAUGAAGAAAGGCUGCAUGUGGAAAGGAGUAAUUCAGCAUGAGCUGAACCAUGCACUGGGCUUUCUACAUGAACAGGGUCGAAGUGACAGAGACAGCUAUGUAAAGAUCAUGUGGGAGUACAUUAGUUCAGGUAAUAAAGGCAACUUUAAGAAAUCCGAUAACUCCAACAACCUGGGCCUUCAAUAUGACUAUUCCUCAGUGAUGCACUAUGGCACAAAUGCUUUCUCUAACACGCCUGGGAAAGCAACUAUUAUACCAAUUCCUGAUGCAUCUGUACGUGUUGGACAGAGAUAUGGACUGAGUAACCUGGAUGUGGCCAAAAUCAACAAGCUCUAUAACUGCAAUCGCUGCAGCACCAUCCUUGAUAGCCCAUCUGGGUCAUUGAGCUCUGACAACUACGCGUCAAAAUACUCAGGCAAUGCUACCUGUUUCUUUUUCAUCCGAAUUCCAUCCAAACGGGUUUCUCUGCAGUUUGAUGUCUUUAGUUUGCAGUCCUCCAUAGACUGUAAAAGUGAAUAUGUUAAAAUAUAUGAUGGGGUCAGCCAGUCUUCUGAGGUUCUACUGGACAAGACUUGUGGGACAAAGAGUCCCCCAAUUGUAACAGCUUCUGGUAGAACUAUGCUUGUGGAGUUUGUCAGGGGUGGCACUGGUGCAGCCACUGGCUUCAAGAUCUCCUACACCUCUGUAAGGACACCACGCACCAUGCGGAUCAGCAUAUGAGACAGAAGGGAAGAGCCUAUUCUGUGAAAAUCUAAAUUAUGCUUUUCCUACUUUGCUUCCUUUUCUUGCUAUGAUCAAAAGGAAAUUUUAAUUCUGUUAUGAAUCAAAGUCUCCAGCUUCUGUAGCAAGUGUGCUCCCUGAUUCAAGUAUAAAUGGGAAUUCUAUGUACCUCUGCCACCCGCUCUUGUCAUAUAUCUGCCCUCGACAAGGGUAUAUAAAGUUAUUGUCUGCACAGUUAAAUUAUUGUCUC